AUGCGUACCCUUAUUUUCACAUCCUGCUUCCCCUCUUUUCCCCCCCUGCUUCCCCUCGUCCCCCCCCCCCUGAUUCCCCUCCUUUUCCCCCCUGCUUGCCCUCCUGUUUUUCCUUUGCCUACCCACCUUCUCCCCCCGUUCACUCCUCCGCGGUUCCUUUUCUCUCUUCCUUCCUUCGUGUUUUGUUUUGUUCCUCAAUUCCUCCCCUUUCUCAUCACUUCUUCCCCUCUCUCAUCCCUUCCUCCCCUCUCUCAUCCUGUCCUCCCCUCUCUCAUCCCAUCCUCCCCUCACUCAUCCCGUCCUCUCCUCUCUCAUCCCGUCCUCCCCUCACUCAUCUUGUCCUCCCCUCUCUCAUCCCGUCUCCCCUCUAAUCAUUCCUUCCUCCCCUCCCUCAUCCUGUCCUCCCCUCUCUCAUCCCUUCCUCCCCUCCCUCAUCCCGUCCUCCCCUCUCUCAUCCCGUCCUCCCCUCUCUCAUCCCGUCCUCCCCUCUCUCAUCCCAUCCUCCCCUCUCUCAUCCCGUCCUCCCCUCUCUCAUCCCGUCCUCCCCUCUCUCAUCACUUCCUCCCCUCUCUCAUCGCGCCCUCCCCUCUCUCAUCCCUUACUCCCCCCUCUCAUCCCUUCCUCCCAUUUUUCAUCCCAUCCUCCCCUCCCUCAUCCAGUCAUCCCCUCUCUCAUCCCGGCCCCUCCUCUCUCAUCCCUUCUUCCCAUCUCUCGUCCUUUUCCCCUGACUCAGCCCUCUCUUGUUGCUAUCCUCCCUGUCUUGUCCCUCUUCUUCUCUAA